AUGGUUGUAGAUGCGUGGGAUUUGAUUGAAAAGAAAACUUUAAACAAGGCUUGGAACAGAGUACUUCAUCGGGAGAAUGAAAAUUUAAUAACCAAUACGUAUGAUUCUAUUUUAGAGGAUAUAAAUGAGCUAAUGUUAAAGAUACAAAUAUGCCAGUAUUGUGAUGAAGAUGAUAUGAAAGAGUGGAUCACUUGUGACAGUAAUGAUCAAGGCUUUCAGAUUAUGUCGGAUGACGAAAUCGUAGAAAACAUAUUGCAGAUAAAUGAACAGCAGGAAAUGCAAGAAGAUGAAACAGAAGAAAAUAUAGACAUGGAAAAUGAUGCAGGACCAUCUCAUGAUGAAGCACUUCAGGCCCUGGAAACGGCUCUCAAGUGGUUUGAAAAACAAACAGAGUGA